AGUGCGAUGCGGAGUUCGGUUGAGGAGUUCAGAGAAGAGAAGCAGGUCUGCGGACGGACGGUGGCAUCAGUGCAAAGGGGCGAAGCGAGGGACUAUUUGGCCGACUUUCAAAAGAACUGGAUUAUAAAAACCGGACGCGCUGGAUAGCAACUCAUUCAUCUCUUCGUGCACGUAGGUCUCAUCGCUGACAGCCCGUGGUGGCCUAUUUAGUUCCUCAUGCCGGAGAUGGCGCAGCGGAGCGGGCAAGAGGACCCUGAGCGGUACCUCUUUGUGGAUCGGGCCAUGGUCUACAACCCUGCUUCUCAGGCAGACUGGACGGCCAAGAAGCUGGUGUGGGUUCCUUCCGAACGGCAUGGGUUUGAGGCGGCCAGCAUCCGCGAGGAACGUGGAGAGGAGGUGCUCGUUGAACUGGCUGAAAAUGGCAAGAAGGCCCUGGUGAACAAAGAUGACAUCCAGAAGAUGAACCCGCCCAAGUUCAGCAAAGUGGAGGAUAUGGCAGAACUCACCUGCCUGAAUGAAGCGUCUGUUUUACACAACCUGAAAGAUCGCUACUACUCUGGGCUCAUAUACACAUACUCAGGACUCUUCUGUGUGGUCAUAAACCCAUACAAAAACCUCCCCAUAUACUCCGAGAACAUCAUUGAGAUGUACAGGGGCAAGAAGAGGCAUGAAAUGCCACCUCAUAUCUACGCCAUUUCUGAAUCUGCCUACAGAUGCAUGCUUCAAGAUCGUGAGGACCAAUCAAUUCUUUGCACAGGGGAAUCAGGUGCUGGAAAGACAGAAAACACCAAAAAAGUCAUCCAGUACCUGGCUCACGUUGCAUCCUCUCACAAAGGAAAGAAAGACCACAACAUUCCACCAGAAUCUCCUAAAGCAGUCAAACUCCAGGGAGAGUUAGAGCGUCAACUCCUGCAGGCAAACCCUAUUUUGGAAUCCUUUGGGAAUGCCAAGACAGUGAAAAAUGACAACUCUUCACGCUUUGGCAAGUUCAUCCGCAUCAACUUUGAUGUAACCGGUUACAUUGUGGGGGCCAACAUCGAAACCUAUCUUCUUGAAAAGUCCAGGGCCAUUCGCCAAGCCAAAGAUGAACGCACCUUCCAUGUCUUCUACCAGCUGUUGGCUGGUGCUGGAGAACAUCUAAGAUCUGAUCUACUCCUGGAGGGCUUCAAUAGAAUCAAAGUGGGCAGAGACUAUGUACAAAAAGCCCAAACUAAAGAACAGGCCGACUUUGCAGUGGAAGCACUGGCCAAGGCCACAUACGAAAGGUUGUUCCGCUGGCUUGUUCACCGCAUAAAUAAAGCUCUGGACAGGACCAAGCGCCAGGGAGCUUCCUUCAUUGGCAUCCUGGACAUUGCUGGCUUUGAGAUAUUCCAGCUGAACUCAUUUGAGCAGCUCUGCAUCAAUUACACCAACGAGAAGCUUCAGCAGCUGUUCAACCACACCAUGUUCAUCCUGGAGCAGGAGGAGUACCAGCGUGAAGGCAUCGAAUGGAGCUUCAUCGACUUCGGCCUCGACCUGCAGCCCUGCAUUGACCUCAUUGAGAGACCGGCAAAUCCUCCCGGUGUGUUGGCUCUGUUGGAUGAGGAAUGCUGGUUUCCAAAAGCCACUGAUAAAACCUUUGUGGACAAACUGGUGCAAGAGCAAGGCACUCAUGCCAAGUUCCAGAAACCACGGCAGCUGAAGGACAAAGCCGAUUUCUGCAUCAUUCACUAUGCUGGCAAGGUUGACUAUAAGGCAGAUGAGUGGUUGAUGAAAAAUAUGGACCCUCUAAAUGACAACGUGGCCACACUCCUGCACCAGUCCACGGAUAAGUUUGUGGCUGAACUGUGGAAGGAUGAGAUUCAGAAUAUCCAAAGAGCGUCUUUUUAUGAUGUCUCUAGUCUCCAUGAAUCGCCAGGUGAAGUGGACCGUAUUGUUGGUUUGGACCAGGUGGCAGGGAUGAAUGAGACUGCAUUUGGGGCUACAUAUAAGACCAAGAAGGGUAUGUUCCGCACUGUGGGUCAGCUCUAUAAAGAGUCCCUCACGAAACUUAUGGCCACACUCAGAAACACCAACCCCAACUUCGUGCGCUGUAUCAUCCCCAAUCAUGAGAAAAGAGCUGGUAAACUGGAGCCCAAUCUGGUUCUGGAUCAGCUGAGGUGUAAUGGAGUUCUAGAAGGGAUCCGGAUCUGCAGGCAGGGAUUCCCUAACCGUAUUGUCUUCCAGGAGUUCAGACAGAGAUACGAGAUCCUCACGCCUAAUGCAAUCCCCAAAGGUUUUAUGGACGGCAAGCAGGCUUGUGAGAGAAUGAUCCGAGCCUUGGAGCUUGACCCAAACCUCUACCGGAUCGGGCAGAGUAAGAUCUUCUUCCGCACUGGAGUUUUGGCACAUCUGGAGGAAGAGAGAGACCUGAAAAUAACAGAUAUCAUAAUCUACUUUCAGUCGGUCUGUCGAGGAUACCUGGCUCGCAAAGCCUUUGCUAAAAAACAGCAGCAGCUAAGCGCUUUGAAAGUCCUCCAGAGAAACUGCGCCGCCUACCUGAAACUACGCCACUGGCAGUGGUGGAGACUCUUCACCAAGGUGAAACCCCUCCUCCAGGUGACCCGUCAGGAGGAAGAAAUGCAGGCCAAGGAUGAGGAGCUCAUUAAAGUGAAGGAGAAGCAGGUGAAAGUAGAGAACGAACUGGUGGAAAUGGAGCGGAAACACCAGCAGCUCUUGGAGGAGAAGAACAUCUUGGCGGAGCAACUGCAGGCCGAGACAGAAUUGUUUGCUGAAGCUGAAGAGAUGAGGGCUCGCCUGGUGGCUAAAAAACAAGAGCUGGAGGAGAUUCUUCAUGACCUGGAGUCCCGUGUGGAGGAGGAAGAGGAGAGGAACCAAUCUUUGCAGAAUGAGAAGAAGAAAAUGCAGUCACACAUACAGGACCUAGAGGAACAACUAGAUGAAGAAGAGGCUGCCCGACAGAAGCUUCAGUUGGAGAAGGUGACUGCUGAAGCCAAGAUAAAAAAGAUGGAGGAAGACAUUCUGCUGUUGGAGGACCAGAACUCCAAAUUCCUAAAGGAGAAAAAACUCCUGGACGACCGUGUCAGUGAGAUGACCUCCCAGCUGGCUGAGGAAGAAGAGAAAGCCAAGAACCUUGGCAAAGUCAAAAACAAGCAAGAAAUGAUGAUGGUAGACCUAGAAGAGCGUCUGAAGAAAGAGGAGAAAACUAGGCAGGAGCUUGAGAAAGCCAAAAGAAAGCUGGAUGCUGAGACCACAGACCAACAGGACCAGAUAGCUGAGCUACAGGCCCAGAUUGAGGAACUCAAGAUCCAACUGGCCAAGAAAGAAGAGGAGCUACAGGCUGUUCUGGCCAGAGGUGAUGAGGAGGUCGCUCAGAAGAACAACGCACUGAAGCAAGUGCGGGAGCUGCAGGCCCAGCUAGCUGAGCUCCAGGAGGAUCUGGAGUCUGAGAAAGCAGCCAGAAACAAAGCUGAGAAACUCAAGAGAGAUCUGAGCGAGGAACUGGAGGCUCUGAAGACUGAGCUGGAAGACACACUGGACACCACUGCCGCCCAGCAGGAGCUGAGGACCAAACGAGAGCAGGAGGUGGCAGAACUGAAGAAGGCCAUCGAUGACGAGAUGAAAAACCAUGAGUCUCAGGUCCAGGAGAUGAGACAGAGGCACGGCACAGCUCUGGAGGAGAUCUCUGAGCAGCUGGAGCAGGCCAAAAGAGUUAAGUCAAAUCUGGAGAAAAACAAACAGACUCUGGAGAGUGAUAAUAAGGAGAUGGCCAAUGAGGUGAAGAGUUUGCAGCAAGGCAAGUCUGAAUCUGAGCACAAGAGAAAGAAACUUGAAGCUCAGCUGCAGGAGUUCAUGGCCCGCUUCAGCGAGGGAGAGAAGGUUAAAGGAGAACUUUCAGACCGCUCCUACAAACUACAGGCAGAACUGGACAAUGUUUCUUCUCUGUUGGAAGAUGCUGAGAAGAAGGGAAUUAAGCUGGCCAAAGAUGCCUCCAGCCUAGAGAGUCAGCUUCAGGACACUCAGGAGCUGCUUCAAGAGGAGACUCGUCAGAAGCUGAACCUGAGCAGCCGUGUUCGUCAACUGGAUGAGGAGAAGAACAGCCUUCUGGAGCAGCAGGAGGAGGAAGAGGAGGCACGGAGGAACCUGGAGAAACAACUGGCAACACUACAAGCCCAGCUGGUGGAGACUAAGAAGAAGCUGGAGGAUGAUGUGGGAGCCCUUGAAGGCCUGGAGGAGGUCAAGAGGAAGCUGCAGAAGGACAUGGAGGGGACCAGUCAGAAGCUGGAGGAAAAGGCCAUCGCUUACGACAAGCUGGAGAAAACCAAGAACAGACUGCAGCAGGAGCUUGAUGACCUUAUGGUAGACCUGGACCACCAGAGACAGAUCGUCUCAAACCUGGAGAAGAAACAGAAGAAGUUUGACCAGAUGCUGGCGGAGGAGAAGACCAUCUCUGCACGUUACGCUGAGGAGAGGGACCGUGCUGAGGCCGAGGCGAGAGAAAAAGACACCAAAGCUCUGUCUAUGGCCCGAGCCCUGGAUGAAGCUCUGGAGGCUAAAGAGGAAUUUGAGAGACUCAACAAGCAGCUCAGAGCUGAGAUGGAGGAUCUGAUGAGUUCCAAGGAUGACGUAGGCAAGAAUGUGCAUGAGCUGGAGAAAUCCAAGCGCACUCUGGAGCAGCAGGUGGAGGAGAUGCGCACUCAGCUGGAGGAGCUGGAGGACGAACUACAGGCCACAGAGGAUGCCAAGCUGCGUCUGGAGGUCAACAUGCAGGCCAUGAAGGCCCAGUUUGACCGAGACCUGCAGGCCAGAGAUGAGCAGAAUGAGGAGAAGAAGAGGGCACUGGUCAAACAGGUGCGUGAGAUGGAGGUGGAGCUUGAAGAUGAAAGGAAGCAGAGAGCUCUUGCUGUAGCUGCCAAGAAGAAACUGGAGAUGGACCUUAAAGAUGUGGAAGCUCAGAUCGAGGCUGCAAACAAGGCCCGUGAUGAAGCCAUUAAACAGCUACGCAAACUCCAGGCCCAGAUGAAGGACUACCAGAGGGAGCUGGAGGAGGCGCGUGCUUCUCGUGAUGAGAUCUUCACUCAUUCUAAGGAGAACGAGAAGAAGCUCAAGAGUCUAGAAGCUGAGAUUCUGCAGUUGCAAGAGGAUCUGGCAUCUUCAGAGAGAGCCCGACGCCACGCUGAACAGGAAAGAGACGAGCUGGCAGAUGAGAUUUCCAACAGUGCCUCUGGAAAGGCAGCCCUCUUGGAUGAGAAGAGGAGGCUGGAGGCUCGCAUCGCCCAGCUGGAGGAAGAGCUAGAGGAGGAACAGAGCAACAUGGAGCUCCUGAACGACCGCUUCCGCAAGACCACUAUGCAGGUGGAUACCCUGAACACAGAGCUGGCAGGAGAGCGCAGUGCCGCCCAGAAGAGCGAGAACGCCCGUCAGCAGCUGGAGCGGCAAAACAAAGAGUUGAAGACCAAACUGCAGGAACUUGAAGGAUCCGUCAAAUCAAAGUUUAAGGCCUCUAUCGCCGCCCUGGAGGCCAAGAUUAUCCAGCUAGAGGAGCAGCUUGAACAGGAAGCAAAGGAGAGAGCUGCAGCCAAUAAGAUUGUGCGCCGCACAGAGAAGAAGCUCAAGGAGGUGUUCAUGCAAGUGGAGGAUGAGCGGCGCCAUGCAGACCAGUACAAAGAGCAGAUGGAGAAGGCAAACUCCCGCAUGAAGCAGUUGAAGAGGCAGCUGGAGGAAGCUGAGGAAGAGGCGACUCGAGUGAACGCCUCCCGCAGGAAGCUGCAGAGAGAGCUGGAUGAUGCCACCGAAGCUAGUGAGGGUCUGAGCCGAGAGGUCAACACUCUCAAAAACCGCCUCAGGCGAGGAGGUCCUGUUAGCUUCUCCUCAAGCCGUUCUGGCCGCAGGCAGCUGCAGAUGGAAGGGGAAUUUUCUGACGACGACGCAGACAGCAAGGCCUGCGACCUGAACGAGACCUCACCGGCUCAAGCGGAGUAGAGCACAUCGCCCUCCUGUGGUCACCCAGCCCCACUGCUUCCUCCUCUCCAGCACCUCAUUCUUCUCCUUUAGCAAUGUGGGGUCCAGUGAGCAAUGCAAACACAACUACACUAACACUUCCACAUAUACACACACACACUCAGACAUAAGCUACCCUCAAACCUCCAUUUCUAACCCCUCCCUACCAAGGGAGCAUCGACUCUGCCUUAUUCUAAAUACAAGAUGCUUCAAGACCGAGUGUACACGCGCCAAUUAGUGUUUCCUGCAACUGUAGUCUACAAAAUACCACGCUCACGACAGAACACUAUAGAAGUGCAUUUCAAAUGUCAAACUUUGCUUUGUGUACAUGAAUAUGCUCAUUCAUAAGAGCGUGCAAUGAAAGUGUUCACUCCAAUCUAGUUUAAUGAUGUAAAACCAUCAGCUAGCUAAGCAAACGUGACUUAUUGGAUCUUAGUUGUACAGUACAGUUCUCCAAAUAGACACGGUCUGCAGAUUUUGGAUCGAUCGAGAUGCAUGUGCUGCUCGUUCGCUACAAGCCAACACUAAAAGAAGAAAAAAAAAGUCCUGUGGCACUGGACCGGAUCUGAAACGGACCAGAAAAGAAAAAGAAAAACUGUGAAAAAGCUGCUCGCUUCAGCAUCUCAUUAACAUUUAAACACAUGAAAUAGUUAAAACACAAGAAAUCCGGCGGGUGACGGCGUUUAUCUUCAUUUAACCCGAGGCUUGUUUGAUCUUAUUUGGGAGAUUUAGCUGACGGAGGCGGUUUGCGUUUUAGGAAUUUGGAUGUAAUUGCGAAUCGCCUUUAACUCUGCACAUUGUGAGAAAGCCAUAAUGGCCACUUCAACUGGAAAUAUGAAGUAUUCUGGAUGCAAAUGCACGUCAAGAUGAAGCAUACAUGACUUUACAUGUGUAAUCUCUAGGGUUUUUUCCCCCCGUAUAUGUGACAGUAUGAUGGUACUUCUCAAAUCCAGCUGCUCUGUUAGAUUCACUACAAGUGAAACGGCCACCAAAGCAAGUUUAUUGGAACUUGAAGGAAGAUGUUUGAAAUGGUCCAGACGUCAAUGAGAGAUCGCUGAAAGCAACUGGAAAUAUUGAACACGCUAACUCACAGGCACUUUGCUGAAUUUUCGUAACUCAAGACUGGAGUUAUAGCUGUGGACGGGAUGCUAACACUAGUAGUAUUAAGAGGAUGAACGGAAAGCGUACUAACCUGUUCCACUGUUAGCAUUUACUGACGUGUUUCUUAAAGUGCCUUAGACACUAAUUAGAAAACAUCCAUGAAAGUAUGUCACAUAUCAGUAAUGAAGAAACUAAUAUGAAGGCAAAACUGGCUGAAAGCAAUUGAAAUAAAAUGCUAUGUAACCCA